ACCAUAAACAAGGUUGGGGAGGCGGUCUUUACUUACUGUGCUACUGACUGGCACCGAGUGAGGAGUUGGUGAAAUUGUAUAUUUUUUACAGCGUUAGUCAAAACAGCCGACACGCUGUACACAUUUUGAUGUUGGUCUUUUCAUGAUGGGAGCUGCAAAAUGUUCGGUGUUUUGUCGUAUUCGAAGAAGCUGGAGUUGUCGGGGUAGUGUUAUAGACGGACGCUUUAAAAGCAGAAUCGGAUUUUAAAAUCAUUAUUAAUACACCAUAAAUGCACGACCAGGAGGGUGAAAAUAGUUGAUUGAACAGUGAGUAAUGUGUCACAAAAUAUUUUUUCAGAGAGACCGAAAUAGUUUGCGUAGCGAGAAUGGGACAAUCCAACUUUAAUACAUUAGUGUUUAACACCGUGCUCAUUAAAUCUAAGGAAGCAAAGCAGCCUCGAAGACAAAGUGCAACAAACGCAAGAACUACUAUACAUCACGAUGUUCACCUUUCCGUCCUUGGACUCAAACAACGUGAAUAAUGAUAAUUACUUGAAGCCUUUGGUUAGAAUCUGUCAAUAGAAAACGGCAAAAUGAUUUCUUUGUCAAUUACCCUAUAUUUUGUCGAUUAUGUCGUGUCAAUCAAACUGAUAAAGAUAACCAGCCCUUUCAAAUGAAUAUUUACCUCUGAGGCAAUGCAAAUGGGAUUCCUCAAAACACGCCGCAUAGGUGAUGCUCACUUAAAGACACAGGCUCGUAUACGCAGACUUCAUUUAACUGUACUGUUCUUUGCGAGCAACAGGGCUUUAAACAAGGUAAGUUCCAUAUCCAAUUAUGUACAUGAAGAUGUCAGUAUUUUUAGUGAUAGGCAACGCAUUACUACAUGUAACUGACUCUUGAAUAAUUGUUUAGUACUUAAUACGCACUUAAAGAUUCGAAGAAAUGAAAUUCAGGAACAAUGCCGGUCAACUUGUCAUUCUGAAAUGAUUGUCUACAUUCCCUACGACAGCAGGUUUAUUCCUUUUUCCUCAUAAUUUAUCCGAGAGUUAUGUACGUCUUUUUUGCAACGUAUUUUCAACUGUCUGUUGGGUUUUUACCACUCUUUGAGUAUUGAGUGCUUCGUGUUUCCAUCAGCAAAGAAUUAAUAGUCACGAAAUAACGUUGUUCGAAUACAUGUAUUUGCAGAUAGAAAACGUGUUAAAAAAGGAUGCAUGCGUGAGACGUGAAAAACAAUGCAUUCCUCUUCCCCUCUUAGCACGAUGGACAACAUUAUGAGACCACUCCUUCUCGUUGCCUUCUUCAGUUCAGCGGUAUGGGCCUCUAAGCUACCUAGCAUCUGGCCUAGGGGAACCUACGCCCUGCCCAUGCCUAUCGGUGGCUGCCCCAAUACUUACUACUACUGGAAGACCGGCCGGAGGUACCAGGACACCACAGACGUCUUCCCCAACAACAAGUGGUCUAACCCGUUGCACUUAUAUGGCUCGAAGUCUUGGACACACGUAGAGCAGAACUUUUGUGUCAAGACAGACUACAAUAUGGGUGGUGGGAGCAACCCAGAUUGGGAGCCAGGACAGUACUGCAUCUUUAAAAAGGGAAAGUUCUGUCCAGACCGUUUCAGGGAAGGAUGGAUCAAGUGGGACGACCAGAACAUAUUUAACCGUAACGACCAGAGUGGUGAGUUGCCGGAAGGUGUCUAUGACGAUGACACUAAGAUCUACUUCUGCUGCAGGGAAGACGGUGAUGCGGGCACUCCACUGACCUUGCCGGUAGACAAACCAUUCUUCCUGUUUCGGAAGAACGGCAAUUGCCAGGCUGUGGACCGCAUGACCGUGCUGGUAGAGUGGUUCCGCUGGGAUGGUCAGGACGACUUGAUUGACUUGAACAAAUAUCGCGAUGGUAGUGUGCCAGAUCUGGAAAACAAAAGCGGUGACAACCACAAGCUGAUGUACUGCUAUUACUCUUACACGAUGGGCAACAUUAUGAGACCACUCCUUCUCGUUGCCUUCUUCAGUUCAGCUGUAUGGGCCGCCAAGCAACCUAGCGUCUGGCCAAGGGGAACCUACGCCCUGCCCAUGCCUAUCGGUGGCUGCCCCAAUACUUACUACUACUGGAAGACCGGCUGGAGGUACCAAGACACCGCAGACUUCUUCCCCAGCAACAGGUGGUCUAACCCGUUACACUUAUAUGGCUCGAAGUCUUUGACACAUGUGGAGCAGCACUUUUGUGUGAAGACAGACUUAGAGAUGGGCAAUGGGAGCAACCCAGAUUGGGAGCCAGGACAGUACUGCAUCUUUAAAAAGGGAAAGUUCUGUCCAGACCGUUUCAGUGAAGGAUGGAUCAAGUGGGACGACAAGAACCACGUGAACGAUAACGAUAAGAGCGGUGAGCUGCCGGAAGGUGUCUACGACGACGACACUAAGAUUUACUUCUGCUGCAGGGAAGACGGCGAUGUUGGCUCUCCAUUGACCCUGCCGAUAGACAAACCAUUCUUCCUGUUUCGGAAGAACGGCGAUUGCCAGGCUGUGGACCGCAUGACCAUGCUGGUAGAGUGGUUCCGCUGGGAUGGUGAGAACGAUCUGAUUGAUUUCAACAAAUAUCGCGAUGGUAGUGUGCCAGAUCUGAAAAACAUAGGCGGUGACAACCACAAGCUGAUGUACUGCUAUUACUAUUAGACCGAAGAAAAACACUCGAUUAGUUUUGAGAAAUCUCGGCAAUUUAAUUCUCGCAAGAGUAUUAUCGACUCUAAUCCUUCUCUCUUUAAAUGAACACAUAAUUGAGACAAAUUAACCAACUUCAGUCUUUUAAUUUGUGAUUGAUAUGUACCACAAUCUCAGGUGAUUCACUACUCCUCGGCCCUAUCCAUUGGACCGGCAUCGUGCUCGAUGCUGCAUUCACUUUUGAAUCCCCCCCACACACACAUCCCAAAAGUUGGACACGCCGCUGGCGCAAAGCCCUAUCAAUUUAGUAUCCAAAUAAGGUAUUGCAAUUGUCAGAAAUGAUUAAAUAAAAUAUUUUGAUCAUUGAAAAGCUGGUAUAUGCACGACGAUCUCCAUGUUUAUUAAAUACUAAUGUCUUCAGGUUCAAACACCCUGCGGAACUGACACUCAAUUUUCUUCAAAUAUGAACCCCGAGCUGGACCAAGAGUGGGCGCAGUUUUCCUAAUAACGCGGGCUCCCGUGGUCGGUUAUAAUGUUCCGAGUUGGUCUACCGAACUUUAUAUCGCCAAUGAGUCCUCACUGUUUAUUUCUCAUUUCUAAUUGAAUAUGGUAUGUUAAUUCGUCAAAGGUCAAACAUUACAUUUUGAGUCAACUGUCAAGUUUCCACUAUAUCUACUUUCGAUCUAUGGUUUUACGGAGGGUUAACAAAGGGGGUUCUACAGUCAUUUGCAAGAGUUUAAGACUGCAUGCAAAAUGCAGUAACUCGAAGGAAAAACAACAUUUAGCAAGUGCAUCUUGGAAACUUACAUUUAUUUUCAGUGUGUAAUAUUAUAUUAUAUUUUAAAAUUUGUGAAUUCAAAGAGACUACGAGGAAAAAUUAAUGAGAUUCGUAUUAUUUUUCCCCACUCAGAAUUCGUAGCAUGGCUCCUUGGAAAGUUGCUCAUAAAAUGUGAUAUUUUCUGUAAUGUAUUAAUGAUCUGGCAAAGACGUUUUAUUCAGACGCAGGAAAGACGCAGGAAAUAAAAUGAAUUGAAAAA